AUGCGGUAUACUCGAGCAAGUGUUCCUCCAGAUAAAUUAUAUUUAGCAUCUACAGCUGUGUUAAUGAGUGAAGUCAUUAAAAGUCUUGUUUGCGCAUUUGUCAUUUAUACAUUCUUGCCUAAAUCUGGCCGAUCCUUAAGGAGAUUAAUUGCUUUUUUAUAUAGAGAAAUAGUCAUUGAUUGGAGAGAAACGAUCAAACUAGCUCUUCCUGCUAUUCUUUAUUUAAUUCAAAACAAUCUUCAAUAUGUAGCUGCUACAAAUUUAGACGCUGCUACCUUUCAAAUUACAUAUCAACUUAAAAUUUUAACCACAGCAUUUUUUACAGUCAUCAUUCUUCAACGAAAGCUUUCAAAUACAAAAUGGUUAGCAUUAGGUAUCUUAACGAUAGGCAUUAUACUUGUUGUGCUACCUAAAAAUGCAUUGCAGAUUGGAUGGUUGACUGUAGAAGACGAGUCAUCAACAAGUCAUGAGAGACAUGAAGAAUUAAACAAAAUUGGUAAUCAAUCAAAUAUGAUAGGAUUAAUGGCUGUUUUAGCAGCUUGUAUUCUUUCUGGUAUUGCCGGUGUUUAUUUUGAAAAGAUUGUAAAGAAUUCAUCUACAAAUAAGGAAGUAAAAGAGGAACAUAAGUUGGAUCAUUUACUAUACGGUCAAUCAGAACAUUCGAUCCAAACUGAAUUAUGGAUUCGUAAUAUUCAAUUAUCAGUUUUUUCAGUCUUGUUAGGUUGUCUGUUUACGGUAGGAUUACAAGACGGCGUAAUUAUAUGGGAAAAGGGUUUCUUUCAAAAUUAUUCUCCUUUGACUUGGUUAGUGAUUCUCAUUCAAGCAGGUGGUGGCUUAAUCGUUGGAUUAGUUGUGCGUUAUGCGGAUAAUAUUUUAAAAGGAUUUGCAACCAGUAUUAGUAUCAUCAUCUCUAGUGUGAUCAGUUGUUGGUUAUUUGAUUUUGAGAUGACUUCUAUUUUCUGUCUUGGUGCAUUACUAGUUAUUUAUGCAACUUAUUUAUAUGGUAAAAGUUAG